GACAGAUUAUUAAAAAAAUAAAAUGUUGAGCACGCCUGUGAUAUAAUCGUGCAACAUGCAAAACCACGAUAACGCCGCUUAUUACGAAGGUAAAGUUCAAGAAAAAGUCGUGCCAUUACUGUCGUAGGCCGCCGCGCGACUAACCGCAUCCGAAUUGCGAAAUUGCUAUCAGUUGAAUUGCAUCGUAAAUCUCAAAUUGUGAGUGAAAAUGUCAUUCCUAACGGAAUAUUUCGACGAGUACCGCGCAAAACCUAUCAGAAAGACUAAAAUGUGUCGUCCAGAACUGCGAUGGGCGAAGCUCGAAGGAAAAUGGUUGGAUCCCAAAAAAGGCGGAGCUGAGGAGAGAGUAUGGAGCGAUGAAGAAAUCGAGGCUUUCAUUAAGAAGACAAUGAAGAGUCUUCGAGGACGUUCUACCUACUUCAACGACUACUGCGGGCAUCUCGAUCAGGAUAUCGCCACGCGUCCUUUCAUCCCGCGCGUAAAGAAACUUCCCCUCUGCAGCGAGCUAGAAAAGGGGAAAGUGGAGGAAGCAGCACCCCCGCCGCCGGCCGCCAAGCUCGCCCUCAAAGACACGGAGGUCAUGAAAAUGGCCAAGGAGUUGUAUGAACAGGAUAUGGACAAACCCACGCUGGAGCCGCUUCAGACGCAUUUGAGAAUAUACGGUUACGUCCGCCCCUGCCUCUGGAAGACUGGCAUCAGCGACUACCAGAAUGGUGUUGCCCGACUAGCGUAUGAGAUGGUCCGCGACAGCCGCCUGCCUCGCUACCACGCGCACAACGGUUGCCGGCCGCGGUGGGGGCUACCGCCGGAGGGUGUGCGGCAACCGGAGCUUGAUGGAGCGCCUUUUGAUGGGGAACGAUUGUAUUAAGAACGCAACUAAGAAUAAAACGUUUGAAAAACUAUAA